AUGCGCAUAUUCUGUGUAGGUGAGGUGGCGAAAGCAAAGGUAAAAGCGGAUUACGGAGGGAGAGUGCGAACAUUCCCCCAUGUUGAGGGCAACUUCGCCGUUCAUGUCUUCAUUCCAGUUACCAUCCCUGCCUCUCUCCAGCCGCUCCUCCAAUCGCACCUCCGCACUGCCAUCAGCGCCCUCCCUGCACUGGCGCCUGUGGAUCCGGACUCACUCAAAGCUGCUGUUGCUGGUGUUGGUGGUGGUGCUGCUACUGCUGCUUGUGGUUUUGGUGCUACUGUUACUGGUGCUGGUGCUGGUGCUACUACUGCGACUGCAAUGCAUGCCCUGGUUACAGGGGAGGUUCACAUGACAGCUGCUCGCACUGUCCCCAUCCGCUUCCAUCAGAUCGACUCCCUUCUCAGCCUGCUGCGCUUGCGACUCAAGCCACAAAAACGCUUCCACUUGCAUUUGGACAAGUGGACGGCAUUCGUUAACGAUGAGAAGACUCGCUCCUUCCUCGCUCUUGAAGCUUCCCGGGAGGGACUGCCUGAGUUCGCCUCUCUGGUUCAAUGCAUCGACCAGGCAUAUGCUGUUCACGGUCUUCCUCCGUACUAUGAUAACCCACGCCCACACGUCUCCCUGCUCUGGUUCAGUACAGAUGCACGCAAGGCGAGCGCGAAGGCCGGCGGAGCGGGGAAGGAGGCGGAGAAUGCAGGAGAUACGGGGGAGGUGGGGGAAGGUGACGUCAUAUUGACGUCAGUUCACCCUAAAGAUCUCUUGGACCUGAACGAAAACACCCUGUUCGAGCUUAGUGAGGAGCAUUUGCAGCAGUACCUUCCCGAGGGUCUCCCUCCUUCAAUGGAAAAAGAGUUUGAGGCCUCUAAGUCCCGUGCCAUUCUCCUUCGGGCAGCCACAAAAGAAUUUAUUCAAAAGCUUCAAGCUGCCCGAGAUCACCAGUCCAGCUCAUCAAACUCCAGUAAUCCCGUGGAACCUUCCGACAGCUCUGAAGGGCAGGUUAAAAAUUCCUCCCCAGGCUCGUUUCUGCUCCGAGGCCAUCCGGGCAGCGGAAAAACUUGUCUCCUGCUGACCGCAGUGUUCUGGGCCCGUGCAAACGGGUGGUUGGUGUUUUACGUGCCCAAGGCUAGAGAAUGGACGAAUAACGGAUUGUACUACAAACAUCCUGAGAGUGAGGGUGCGGAGAGGGGAGAGGAGGGAGUGAGGGUGGAGGAUGGAGGAGAAGUGAGGGUGGGAGCUGGAGGGAGAAGAAAGGCGAUUUGGGAUACCCCUAUACAAGCACAAGCAGCACUCAAGUCGUUUCUUGCAGCCCACCAGGAGAUUCUGUCCUCUCUGCCCGUUCAGCUGCCCGAACCAAUCACUCUGGGGGAAGGGCCAGGCAUCGGCUUGGCUCGGGGCAGCCAGGUCGUAUCGCCAGGCUCUGAUUGGUCGCUGGGAGAUCUCGUGAAAUAUGGAGCCGACCACUCACAUGCUGCCACGAGCGUUGUGGUUCGGCUUAGGGAGGAGCUGGGAAGGGUGACUUCUGUUCCAACCAUGAUUGCUGUUGAUGAGUUCAACGCAUGGUUCACAUUCGCGGGCUUCUUUGAGUCCACAGGAGACAGAAGCCGGAGGCAGAUACAUGCUGGGGAGAUGCGCAUGGUGAACGCCUUCCGCUCUUUAGAAGCCAGUGGCAUCAUGGCAGCUGCAUUCUCCGAGUCCAUAGCAGUGGGGAGGCUUCCGGCAGUGCUGCCGGGGGUGCCUAAGGGCGUGCGGUUGAACGUGCCGCGCUUCACUGUUGACGAAACGCUUGCGCUGCUGCAGCACUACCAGAAGAGUUGCAAGCUGGGCCGUGUGACGGAUAACGAGGAGAAUAUUAAGGAGGCUGCGGUGCGCGCAUGCAUGGUUACAGGGGGAAACGCUGCACAGCUUAGAAACGUCAUUCACCUGAUUCGUCACGGGCAGGCAGUGCACAAUUUGGUGAUGGACACGGAGCAGUAUAAGCUCGAAAAGUAUCUCGACUGCCCGCUCAGCACUCAGGGAUUUGAGCAGGUAGCAGAGCUGCGCAGGCAAGUAGCGGCCAACCCUCCUCCAGGCUUCCCUGCUGAUCUGAUAGUCGUCUCUCCCCUGCUGCGCACACUGCAAACAGCAGUGGGCGCCUUUGGCCCUCCUAACACUGCCAUUCCAGUCGACCUUCCCCCAAAAGAAGCAGCUUCUAAGAACUUUCCCGUUGUGGACGGGUUCACAGCAGGAACCAAUGGGGUGGAAGCGGUUGUGCCUGCGACUGUUGUGACGGCUCCUGUGGCAACUGAAGGUGGUAACCAGGUUACCACCACGCUGCCAGCACACAUUUUGGCAAACGAGCUCUGCAGAGAAACGCUGUUUUUCUCAUAUCACAUAUAUCCACUUGUCUAUCUAUCAUGCCUCCCUCCCGCACAGCAUGUGCAUGUGUGUGACAAGCGCCGGCCAAUCAGAGAAAAGAAGGACCUCUUCUCCUCUGUGGACUUCAGUCAGAUCACAGAUGAUGAGGAUGCGCUGUGGAAGGUGGAGCCCAGGGAGACUCGUGAGGAGAUCGCACAACGAGCUACUGAUCUCGCCACAUGGCUGCUCGGACUCAAGGAGCAAUCCAUAGCAGUUGUCUCUCACAGCGGUUUCCUCCAUGCCUUCGCCACUGUUGGCCUGCCCCCACACCUACGGCCCGAAAACAAGCUCGUCUAUUUUGAGAACUGCCGGCUACGCUCGUACAUCCUCUCAGCAGAAGAAUGA